AUCCCGUCACUCACUGGUCAGCCUCUGCGCCCCGCAUCCUUGCGCCCGGGCAUCCCCCUCCCGUCAUCUGCUGUCGGGCUACAGACGGCGCCGUCUCCCCGGCGCGGAGCCCUGCUCCAGCAGCCGGGCAGCAGCGGUUCUUCCCUUUGCCGAAGCCUCUGCUGCCUCCCCUGUCCCUUUCCCCACCCGCUCGGCUCGUGUGGACCUUCCUGUGUCAUUUCCUUAUCUGUCCCAUCCUCGGAGAUGUAUGCAUCUUAUUCAAAUGUGCAGCAGUGCUCAUGUUGUGAAGCCAAAAUAUACAUGUCUCUUUGGUUAUUCUUCUUUCAAGUUUAAUCAUCCACAUCGGUUAUUGAGAACAACUAGUUCUGUAAAUGGACAGAUCAUUCAAUUUAAACUCUCAGACAUUGGAGAAGGAAUUACAGAAGUGACAGUUAAAGAAUGGUAUGUAAAAGAAGGAGAUACUGUGUCUCAAUUUGAUAGCAUCUGUGAAGUACAAAGUGAUAAAGCUUCUGUUACCAUCACUAGUCGUUAUGAUGGUAUCAUUAGAAAACUCUACUAUGCUGUAGAUCAGAUUGCCCUUGUGGGGAAGCCAUUAGUAGACAUAGAAACAGAAGCUUUAAAAGGAGUAGACAGAGCAAGAGACAGAACAAAACUGGUUAAAAAAGAUUCAGAAGAAGAUGUGGUUGAAACACCUGCAGUGUUUCAUGAUGAACAUACCCACCAGGAGAUAAAGGGCCACAAAACACUAGCAACUCCUGCAGUUCGCCGCCUUGCCAUGGAAAACAAUAUAAAACUGAGUGAAGUUGUUGGAACAGGAAAAGAUGGUAGAAUCCUUAAAGAAGAUAUUCUCAAUUAUUUGGCAAAGCAGACAGGAGCUAUUUUACCGCCAUCACCAAAAUCUGAAAUCAUGCCACCUUUACAAAAAACUGAAACAGUUCAGCCUGUACCUGUACCAGUGUUAAAACCUAAAGCAUUUACAGGCAAAGACAGAACAGAGCCCAUAACAGGCUUUGAGAAAACUAUGGUUAAGACUAUGACUGUGGCCCUGAAGAUUCCUCAUUUUGGUUAUUGUGAUGAGGUUGACCUUACUCAAUUGGUUAAGCUACGAGAAGAAUUAAAACCCAUAGCUUUGGCCCGUGGAAUUAAACUCUCCUUUAUGCCUUUUUUCUUAAAGGCUGCAUCUUUGGGAUUAAUGCAAUUCCCUAUUCUCAAUGCUUCUGUAGAUGAAAACUGCCAGAAUAUAACAUACAAGGCUUCUCAUAAUAUUGGAAUUGCUAUGGAUACUAAACAAGGACUUAUUGUCCCCAAUGUGAAAAACGUUCAGCUCUGUAGUGUGUUUGAGAUUGCCAUUGAAUUAAAUCGUCUGCAGAAAUUGGGUUCCACAAACCAGCUGGGAACUGCUGAUAUCACAGGGGGAACAUUUACAUUGUCCAACAUUGGAUCAAUUGGUGGUACCUAUGCCAAACCAGUGAUAUUGCCACCAGAAGUAGCAAUUGGAGCUCUUGGAGCCAUAAAGGCUGUGCCUCGGUUUAAUGAGAAAGGUGAAGUAAUCAAAGCACAGAUAAUGAAUGUGAGCUGGUCUGCUGAUCAUAGAAUUAUUGAUGGUGCUACAAUGGCCCGCUUCUCUAAUUUAUGGAAAUCCUACUUGGAAAAUCCAGCUUCCAUGCUACUAGAACUUAAAUAAACAUUGAUUUGAAACAUUUUUGAACUUUCUGGGCAUCAGAAGAAUGUAUAAAACCUAGCUAUGCUAGACCAUGUUCUUUUUUGAAGUUUGUAUUAUGUGAAAGAUUAUGUUACAUGACCAAUAUCCCACAGUAAAAUGCAAUCUCUCUUACCAUAUUGCACUUUUAAAUUUAAUUAGGCAUCUUUACUCUAAUUCUUUUAAAAAUGUCAAUUUUUAUAAAACAGAGUAUGAUGCAUAACAUCUUAAUUUUAUACUGAGAUAUUAAAUGUAAGGGAUGCUGGCAACAAGACUUAACAUUACUGAAUACUAACAUCUACAUAUACUAUCUCAGUAUGAUAUUUUUAAACUGUAUCUUAAAGGUUGGAAAAAGGAAUUUAUAUUCAAUAAUAUUUCUUUGCCUAAUAUUAAUCAUACAAAUCAUUAAAUAAAGUGCACUUAUGUUUAUCUUUAAAGAUGUUUAAUAGACUUUUAUUACUCAGUAAUGUUAUCUUCAUUCCUAUAAAUGUCUCAUCCCUUACAAAAACACUACCUUUAUCUUAAAAGGGGGAAAACUGAGAUGACCUUAAAGAAAUCCUGAAAUUUACUUUACAACUCAUUGUCCACUAUCUGCCUUUUCUGUUUCUACAUAUAUGGUACUGAAGAAAGUUAUACAACUGUGCUAACUGGGUCCACAACAAAUUUGUUAAACUAAUCUCAACUGAGCAAUCACUAUGGCACAGCAACCCUUUUGUUCUUUUCUAAUCAACUAUUACACUCCUCAGUAUAGUUUUUCCAAUCUAACCUCUCUGAAAACUCUUCUUCCACCCUUUCUGCUCUCCAUGUCUCUUGCUUUACUGGGAAAAGAAAUAUCUGCCAUGAGCUGCUGCUUCUUCCUUUUCAUAUUUUAGGGAUUCUAGAAAAACUGGCCUACCAACCGAUGUGAGCUGCAUGGUCCAUCACUUUGCCACAAGCGUCUUUUUAAGCUUUGCUCUGUGCCUGAGCACAGAAGAAAGUCUUCCCUCCUCAUCUCUGUCUCUAAGAGACCAUAGCUUCCAUUAGGACCUAGGUCUGCUGCCAUCUCCUAUGCAAAGACUUUCCUUUUUCUCCCCAGUUGUUGGUGCUCUUUCCUCUUCCAAAUUAUUUUGUAUUUUUUGUAAUCAUAUUGUAUCCCCAAGUAGGAUGGAAAUUCUUUCAGCAUAGGAACAAUUUCCCAGUUUCUGUUCUUUUUUUGUCUUGGUAUUCCCAAUUUCUACCACAGUGGCUUGCAUAUGAUACAAAUUGGAGCUUAAUAAAUGUUGACUAACCAGUAAAUUCUUUAAGGAUUACUAUCUAGUUCUUGAUCCUUAUAAAAGCAUAAUUUGGAGGUUCUUUAUAUCAUCUCAAAGUUGCUAAUUUAAAGGAAUGAUUUUGAAAAAUUUGAUCAUUUCUUAUAUAAGAAAAUACUGUAGUUAUUCAUUUUACAUGUAGCAUCUUAUGCCUUUUCCCUCUAUUUGGGAUUUCACUGCCUUCUUAAUUGUCCCCUGCUGAACCAAAGAUAGCGUGAUGAUGUUAAGUUGGUCACUUAGUACUUAUUACUAAGUGCUGACAAGAAUUCAUUUUGUCUUGUUCUUAGAGGCAACUAAGUAAUAAGGGAAAGGCAAAACAAAGACAAUUGAGAGUAGAAAGAGGACAAGUAGAAAAGACUUCUUAACUGGGGAAUUCCUUGUCCCUAUUGAUUUUCAAGCAGACAUGUAGAUAAGCAAUUUGUGGGGGAUAUUUUAAAGAGGGCUGAUGCAUCAUUGACCUAGGUAACCUAUAAGGUCUUUUCCAACUCUGGAAUUCUAAGAUUUUAGAAUUAAAAACAGGAUAUUAUUGAGCAAUCUAAUAGAUUCCUUCAGUAGCAUUUAAGGGAGCAUAAGCUAAUGUUGACUUAUAUUCAGAAAUACAAACUUGUUUUAAUGUUUUGCAGUUACAUAUCAAGUGCCAAAUAUGUUGACUCAAAAUUUGUGAUAUACAAAAACAGGCUUCAUGGUCAUAUUAAAUUCAAAUUUUGAUUUAUAGUUGAAAUGAAAAUUUGUAAACCACUUAAAGAAAAUCUGAGCAUAAGAGAGGGAGAGUUCACUUUCAAAUGUAUACAAAUAGAAUAGUUUUGCACUUAAUUCAUUAUUGAAAAGAAUAUUGUAUUGUAUUAAUUGAUUUAAAAGAAGAUUACAUGUAUCUUUUGGAAUGGGAUUUUUCAAUAAAAUUUUCAAUAAUC